AAAGGGGCGGGGUGGUCGGAGCUGCUGUGCUGGCAGCAGUAGGCGAGGGCGCGGCUGCGGGGUUCCUGGUGCUGAGGACGGACGCCAUUGGAGCCCCAGGGAAGCAUGGCCGAGGGAAGCUACAGCGUGCAGUCGGGGAGCUACGCUGUUGAAGACAUGGAGGAAGGCAGAGGCGAAGCGGGCAGGGAGGAAGAGAUGGUGGAAGGAAACGACUACGAAGAAUUCGGUGCUUUUGGUGGCUAUGGCGCCCUCACCAGCUUUGACAUCCACCUGCUCAGAGCCUUCGGCAGCCUGGGGUCGGGCCUUCGCAUCUUAUCGAACGAGCCCUGGGAACUGGAAAACCCUGUGCUGGCCCAGACCCUGGUGGAGGCUUUGCAGCUGGACCCGGAAACACUGGCCAAUGAGACGGCCGCCCGUGCUGCCAACGUAGCCCGCUCUGCCGCCUCCAACCGAGCCGCUCGGGCUGCUGCCGCUGCCGCCCGCAGGUCCUUCAACCAGGUGAUGGGGAACCACCGGCAGCCCACACCGCAGGCCUCGGGACGUGUGAGCCAGCCCGUGCCGGACGCCAGGGCCCCGGGGGCCGCCCCGGAAACACCUCCUGCUUCUCCGCAGAUCUCCCCCCCGAUGUCGGGCCCCAGCACGAUGGCUGCCCCUGGGGCUCCGGCCGCCUCCUCCUCACCGUCGCCCACUGCCUCCCAGGCCCAGGAGGCUGCUGCCGAGGGCCCCAGUGCGGCCCGCACAUCCUCGCAGGCCCCCAGUGCCGCCGAGACGGAUGCCACCCGGGCCCCGACCGCCUUGCUGGGUCAGAAUGACGUCUUUGAUUUCACUCAGCCCGCAGGUGUCAGCGGCAUGGCCUUCCCACGCCCCAAGAGGCCGGCCCCGGCCCAGGAAGCGGCCACAGAGGGCCCCAGCGAUACGUCCGGGGGCCCCCAGGCUGCAUCUGCCGGGGAGGUGGAAGCCACCCGGCCCAAGAUGACCAAGUCUGGGAAGGCUCUGGCCAAGACUCGCUGGGUGGAGCCUCAGAAUGUUGUGGCAGCAGCUGCGGCCAAGGCCAAGAUGGCCACAAGCGCCCCUGAGCCUGAGGGUGCAGCUGCCACCGCUCAGCACAGCGCUGAUCCUUGGGCCAGGAUGGGAGGCAAGAGGACAAAGAAGUCCAAGCACCUGGACGAGGAACACGAGAGCAGCGAGGAGGAGAGAGAGCCUGUGGCGGUCCCACAGACCUGGAGAGCGUCACAGCCGCCCCUGCCGGCGCGGGCUCAGGUGGCCCCUCGGCCCCCGAUGGCCGCCACGUCUCAGAUCCCGUCCAGGCACGUCCUGUGCUUGCCCCCACGCAACGUGACCCUUCUUCAGGAGAGAGCAAACAAGUUGGUGAAAUACCUGAUGAUCAAGGACUACAAGAAGAUCCCCAUCAAGCGCUCAGACAUGAUGAAGGACGUCAUCCGAGAAUAUGACGAGCACUUCCCCGAGAUCAUCGAGCGAGCCACCUACACGCUGGAGAAGAAAUUUGGGAUCCACUUGAAGGAAAUCGACAAGGAGGAGCACCUGUACAUCCUCAUAUGCACGCGGGACUCUUCAGCUCGCCUCCUGGGAAAGACCAAGGACACCCCCAGGCUGAGUCUGCUCUUGGUGAUCCUGGGCGUCAUCUUCAUGAACGGCAACCGCGCCAGCGAGGCUGUUCUCUGGGAGGCGCUCCGCAAGAUGGGACUGCGCCCCGGGGUGAGGCACCCGUUCCUGGGCGACCUGAGGAAGCUCAUCACUGAUGACUUCGUGAAGCAGAAGUACCUGGAGUACAAGAAGAUCCCCAACAGCAGCCCCCCGGAGUAUGAGUUCCUGUGGGGCCUGCGCGCCCGCCACGAGACCAGCAAGAUGCGGGUGCUGAGAUUCAUCGCGCAGAACCAGAACCGAGACCCCCGGGAAUGGAAGGCUCGCUUCCUGGAGGCUGUGGACGAUGCCUUCAAGACGAUGGACGUGGACAUGGCCGAGGAGCACGCGCGGGCGCAGAUGAGGGCCCAGAUGAACAUCGGCGACGAGGCUCUGGUCGGCCGCUGGAGCUGGGACGACAUCCAGGCCGAGCUCCUGACCUGGGAUGAGGACGGGGACUUUGGCGACGCCUGGGCCCGGAUCCCCUUUGCCUUCUGGGCCCGCUACCACCAGUACAUCCUGAACAGCAACCGUGCCAACAGGAGGGCCACGUGGCGAGCUGGCGUCAGCAGCGGCAGCAACGGUGGGGCCAGCACCAGCGUCCUAGACGGCCCCAGCACCAGCUCCACCAUCCGGACCAGAAACGCCGCCCGGGUCGGCGCCAGCUUCUUCUCCUGGAUCCAACACCGUUGAUGGCCUGAGCCAUCUUCCUCACCAAGCCGGAGUGCCGCCUUGGAUUCCUUCUUAACACAGCCCUCCCGGCGGUGGCUUUCCCUGGGGGUCGGACGUGGCCUGCAAGACGAAGCUCUCCUCGCUGCUCCUGCUUUCUCGUGUGCUUUCUCUUGUGCUUUCAUGUUUUUGGUAUCAGUGUUACAUUAAAUUUGCAGA